AGAUUGAUGCUUUUCUCCAAAGGAUGGUAUAGACGUUAAACUGCAGCCAUGUGCCACUUGUCACCACACCAUCCAUAGAUAGCAAGCGGAGUAGGAAGAUGAAACAGUUUUGAAUAUACGUGCAUAGUGCUGAAAAAGUAAGGAGGAUAAUUCCCCAUAUCAGGAAAUCAGUGGGGGAAUGAAAAACUACAAGUACAUGCGGCGAGAAAAUGUGAUGAAUUGUCAAUCAAGCCCAAGGUAAGUAGGACCUCAUUAAACCUUGGAAAGUUGCAGCCCUACAGGUCUAUGUGUACAUAAUCUGCUUCUCAAUAAGCCAAGUUAUCUCCAGUCCUUCCUCGAAUAAAAAAUUCCUGUUAAAUCAAUUUCAACACCCCCUGCUUUCUUUUCUAGCUUGUCCGAACCUUAAUUUUUUGAAACUUGAAAGGUCACUUUGUCAAGUCGAAUCCCUCUACCCCCGGUUCCUGCUUUUCUCAAGUUUCACAGCACCAAUUCUCUGCCCUGUAGUUCUCUUUUUUUUUCUUCUUCUUCUUUUGAAAAGUCUGUAGUUCUCUGUUUGUUUCUAAUUUAACUGCCUCAUCUUAUAAACUUGCUUAUAGAGCUUCUCUAAACUUCAAACACACCUUCCUGUACCUGCAUGUCUUUGACAAUGGAUGGUGAGAAGAGGAACACCAGUCUCGGCGAGGUCUCAUUUUCUUCUUACCUUAGCACAGCAGAAGAAAUCUUUGUGCAUAAGCUUGCAGAACCUGCAAUUCAGCAGCCCCAUCCUGCCAUCGCUUCAAAUAUCGGGAUUCAUGCUCCUGCACGCUUAGAGAGAAAUAAGACUGAAGAGGGUGAAAUUAGUGUCUUUAGAGCUGAAAAAUACUUCAACAUGAAACUGGAUGAUGACAGUCCAAAGCUUGAUGAUAAGUAUGCAAAUAAGCGUUGGCUUCAAAUGGAAAACCAAGUUGAUCUGCAUCAGAUGACUCCAAGGCGCUGGCCUGGAACUCCAAGUGUAAGUUCUGAAGCAAGUUGGAACAGCCAAACUGCUUUAUUACGAAGUUUUAUGAGAAACCGAUCUGAAAACAAGCAAAAGAAGGUAGAUGGAAGGAGCUUUUUCUCUAAUCUUAGCUGCACCGGGUCUUGUUCAGAUGGGAAAUCUGUUUACGUCAAUCAAAAUCUUGAUCAUGGAAGGGUUCAUGGAAAAGAGAAAAGAAAAGAACCCAUUCAAAUCAAUCACAGGUAUACCAAUAUGGCUAGAAGGAAGCUGCCUCAAGCAAAAUUUCAGGUGAAAGAUGAGUUUGACAGCCAGAGUUUUGAUAAAAUGAGCGUGGGAUCAAACAGAGAAGUGUACUUUGGACCGCCAGUUCUGAAACCUGGGCUUCACAAUGUGACAGUUAAAACACAAUUGGAUGAUCCAAGGAAGUCCUUGGAAGUGUUUGGCUCCAGUGCAGUGAAGAAGGGAGACAUAGCCAAGAACCUUGAGAGGAAACUGUCCAUGUUAACUUGGGAUGCCAUUCCAAAUGCCCCAACCAUUUCAUCUAUUUCCAGAAGCAGCCAGGCAUGCGAUGAUAUUGAGAGUGAUGCUAGCUCAGAUCUCUUUGAGAUAGAUAACAUAUCCGGCAGUGGUCAGGCCUUGUUCACAAGGCAAGAAUCUGAUGGCAUGUCUAGCUGCAUGACCCCAUAUGCACCGAGCGAGACCAGCAUUGAAUGGAGUGUUGUCACAGCCAGUGCAGCUGACAGCUCAUUUGUUUCAGAUUAUCAUGAAAAGAAACCAGCAGAAAAUAGUAGAGCUCCGGGAUCAAAAACAGCCAGUAGAGUUGCCAACGCCAAAGUUUUACCAGACAAAGAGGCACAAAAAAGCCGAACAGGUGGGAUGUUGGGGUGCAAGAGUCACAAAGCAGUUAUGGUUGCUGAAACUGCAUACAGAACUGAUGAGAAGUCAAAGCCUUCUCACCUACACCAUCUUCCAAAUUCAGCCACCCCCAUGUCAGGAAGACUCUUACAAGCUGACAUUAAGGUGAAAGAUCUUGAUUUCCCAUGAGAAAACUCACAAUUGCUCUUCUGCACAUGCAUUAAAGACUCUGCCUACGCGGCAGGGCAUGGGGUAAACCAAGGUUGAUUGUGGAAGAAGCUAGCUGAAAAGUUUUCCGUUUAACAUAUAUUUUCUUUUAAUUAUGUAAUUUCUCCUAAAUAUUGCAUAUAAAUUUCAACCUGGCUAUGUUCUUUUUCUA